GCCAAUGCAGCUUUUUCAGUUUUCGCUUAACGCUCGUUCAGUCAAGUUGAUUUUACUGCACCGUCGUACACUAUUUAAUUCUUCGCGUCGCAUACAACUACAAACAAACGCUGCAAAAACACAUACACACACACACGUGCAUACAAUUAUUAUCUGUGCCGCACCGCACCGCGCCACACUUUGCACCAUCAAUGCAAACGAGGGCAGCCGCCGUCAUUGUCGUCGUUGUCGUCUGAGUGGCUUCAAUUGGUGAACUAUAUAUUGUGGUGUUACGACGAUAACAGGUGCGACACAGGGCGCGCGCGUAUACGUUGCGCCAACGAGCGGUCAGUGUACAGUGUUCGGCAGACGUUGUCAUCAUCAACAACAACAUCGUCAUCAUCAUCAUCAUAAACAUCGUCAACAACACCAUCAAUAUCAACAUCAACAUCAGGCGUCGUCAACACACUCGUCGUCGUCGUCCGUCGUUUGUACGCCAGCGACGCGCAUCCAGUGUUGCGACGUCUGCUGUCAGCAUGGCGCGCAAGGAUGAUCCCGUCCUCAAUGUGCGCUUUGUACAAUUGGUGGAAAACCAUCCGUGCCUUUGGAACUCAACGCUGCCAGCGUACAGCAAGAAGGACGAAACCCAAAAGGCCUGGCAGGAGGUGGCCAAUGAGACAAAAGAUAAUGUGCGCAAUUGUCGAGAGAGAUGGCGUACCAUCCGAAGCAGUUUCCUGCGUUCGUUGAAGUUAUCACGCACCAGUACUGGUCGAGGCAAACGCAAAUAUUACCUCUCCAAAUAUCUGCAAUUCUUAAUACCCUACACAAAAACGCGUCUAAAGAACGUCAAUGCGACACCGAGCAUAAUUGCGCAACGCAAAAUGACACCGCAGCCGCCGAUGACGCGCAUCAAUCACAUACCAUUGCCCAUAGUCAGUAGUGAUGACACCAAAGAUUCCAACGGCACCGAAGUCGCUAUAGCCGAGGAGGAUGUUGUAGUGUCGCUACACGAGGGCACAGUAACAGCGACGCAACAACAGCAACAGCAACAACAACAACGCAUACAAGUGCAGCCACCAAUGACAGCACCGUGCGCCAUACCAGUACCAGUCGUCAUGCCGGCACCGACCGCCAUCAAAACGGAGCAGGGCGCCACAACGCCGGAACAUGGACGAUGUACAGCGACGGCAGUCAACACUUUGAGUGCGUGUGCCAUUGGCGUUGGUGGUGGCGUCAACAGUGGCAGCGGUAAUGCGGCAAACAGUAGCGCUUUCGCUGCAGCAACGGAUACGCAAGCGACGCCGCGUAGCACAUCCGCCGUCGAUCUGACGGAGUUUGCCGAGUGGAUUAAAAGUAAAAAUGAACAUCAUCGCCAAUGUUUAAUGCCCUCCUCACCUGAUGCUGAUCAAUCAUUUCUCAACAGCUUGCAUCCAUUUCUGAAGGAAAUGUCCGGGAAACAGAACCGCCGCUUCCGGCAGAAGGUGGUAGCGCUGAUCGAUGCCAUUCUGGAUAAUGCCGACUGAGGCGCCGACACACACACACAUACACACAUGUGAUGCGUAACGUAUAGCAGCAAAUACGAUGGUGAUGAAGAUGUUGGUUGAUGUGGUUACCGUGGUAGUGCUGGAUGUGCGGAACCAAGAGAAAGUGAACGGAAACAAGAUGGCAGCAGUGAUAGCAAACAGUGUGGUCCGAUGUGGGAGUGAGCUGUGUAUGCUUUAUUUCUGAUAUCAUGGACUACAACUACAACUAAAGUAAACCUAACGCACAUGAACACACUUUUACCUAGCGCUUGAACGCACACAACCUACAUAUAUACAGUUAGACACUAAUACAUACAUUAUACUAUACCUGCAUGCACACACCAAAUAUGUGUACUGUGAAUAUCUGUUGAUUUUUAUUAGAGAAAAAUAUUUUUUUGUUUCCAGUGGAAUUGAAAUAAAUGCUUUAUUUUUUGUACAA